CCUUGCAUUCUUCUUCUACUCUGCAAUUCAUUCAUUCCAAACACCAAAACCAUGGCCCUUCCUCCCACCGGCGCCGGCCUCAUCGUCAGCUUCGGCGAGAUGCUCAUCGACUUCGUACCCACCGUCUCCGGCGUCUCCCUCGCCGAGGCUCCGGGCUUCCUCAAGGCUCCCGGCGGCGCCCCCGCCAACGUCGCCAUCGCCGUCGCCAGGCUCGGCGGAAAAGCCGCCUUCAUCGGCAAGCUGGGCGACGACGAGUUCGGGCAGAUGCUGGCCGGAAUCCUCCAGGAGAACAACGUGAAAGCCGACGGCAUCAAGUUCGACGAGGGCGCGCGCACCGCACUGGCCUUCGUGACCCUACGCGCCGACGGAGAGCGUGAGUUCAUGUUCUACAGAAACCCCAGCGCCGACAUGCUUCUCACGCCGGAAGAUCUCAACCUCGAACUCAUCAGAUCGGCAAAAGUAUUCCACUAUGGAUCGAUAAGCUUGAUCGUGGAGCCAUGCAGAUCGGCACACUUGAAGGCGAUGGAAGUUGCGAAGGAAGCAGGGUGCCUGCUCUCUUAUGACCCAAACUUGAGGCUACCAUUGUGGCCCUCAGCCGAGGAAGCGCGUCAGCAAAUACUAAGCAUAUGGGACAAGGCUGAUGUGAUCAAGGUGAGCGACGUGGAACUCGAAUUCCUAACCGGAAGUGACAGAAUUGAUGAUGCAUCUGCUCUCUCUUUGUGGCACCCCAAUUUGAAGUUACUCCUUGUUACUCUUGGGGAACAUGGUUCUAGGUACUAUACCAAGAAUUUCCAUGGAUCGGUGGAGGCUUUUCAUGUCAACACAGUUGAUACAACCGGCGCUGGUGAUUCGUAUGUUGGUGCUCUAUUAAGCAAGAUUGUCGAUGAUCAAUCCAUACUUGAAGAUGAACCAAGGUUAAGGGAAGUGCUAAAGUUUGCAAAUGCAUGUGGAGCAAUUACAACUACUAAAAAGGGAGCAAUUCCCGCACUUCCCACAGAGGCUGAUGCCCUCAAUCUGAUCAACGAGGCAUAGAAAUUUAGUGCUACUAUCUUUUGCUUUUCUUUUUUAUAUAUAUCCUUUUCACUUUUCCGUUGGAGUUGCUUGCUAUCUACUGAAGAUGAAUUUUAUUUCUCGGUUUUCCUUCUUGUUUCAUUGUACCCCCAUUCUGCAUUAACGGUAAUAACAUAUGAUUUGGGGUUUUUCCAAAUUUUGAGAUGAUUGCUUGAAUGAAAAUUUGAGUCCUUACUAGCUCGCCCAGCAA